CAGUCUCUGAACAGCUGAUGUCACCGUCUAUGCUUUCUGCUAUUUUGUGUUGUUGAUGUAUAUGUUGGCCACGCCGCUAAUUGAGAGUUUUUAGUACUACCAAAGUUCGCAUUAGCCAUGUAUAAUUAAUAACAUUCAAUCCCGCCCCUCAGUGGUCCUAAGAACGGCGUGGAAAUUCGAAAAUACGGAAACAAAAUCAAGUAACGGGUCUCAUGGCCAACAGCUGAUGAAAGUUGACAGUUCUUUCACAUCUGCUACUGAGUAAUAUAUUACGAAUAACAGGACUAACUUUCGGCAUUAUGAGUUCCAGCGUGUCCAAGUACUACAAAGACAAAUAUAAGCCAAGCGUCGGCCCCGAGGAGUUCGAGGAGCCCCUCUACGACCCAGACCUCCUGAAAAAGCUGGACUGGUCGAAGGCAACGCACAUGAAGAAUGGCGUGACGUCAUCAGCGCCCGGGGAGGGCCUUCUCGUCAGACCCCUCUGCAAGGGAGAUUACAAUAAAGGUUUUCUUCAGUUACUCAGCCAGCUGACCAAAGUGGGAGACAUAUCCAGGGAAACCUUUGAAGAGAGAUUUGAGCAGAUGAAAGCAUGUAAAGGUCACUACUACGUAACUGUCAUUGAAGACAUUGAUAAGGGUGAGAUUGUGGGCUCAGCAACCCUGGCUUGUGAACUUAAAUUCAUACGGGGCUGUACAAAGCGUGCGCGUUUGGAGGAUGUUGUUGUAAAUAAUGAGUACAGAGGAAAGCAGCUUGGGAAACUCAUUGUUUCUACAAUUACCUUACUGGCUAAGGAAGUUGGCUGCUACAAAAUAGGCCUUGAUUGUAAGGAUGAAAUGAAGUCCUUCUACUCAUCAAUAGGUUACUGCAGUGAGAAAGGAAACGACAAUACAAUGAUCAUUCGCUUCUGACUAGAUCAAAAGUCACACCUCUGAAGAAUAUUCCAUGCAAUGAUAAAUCAGUACUACUGCACUGAAACUACAUUACUCAAAAUGUAAAGUUCUGCCAGGCUCAAACCUUGAAUUUGAGAACAACAAAUAAAUUUGCUGUACAGGAUCAAAGUACAUUUCCUUGGAAAAAGAAAAUGGAAACUAAUCUUCCUGCAUGACAAUACUGUAACUGAAGCUACAUUGUAAUUGUAUAGUUCUUAUUAAUUAGGUUGUGUACCAUUUUUUAAUUUGUAUAUACUGAAAACUUAUGUUUUUUUUAUUUUGUUGUGUACAGAAUAUUUUUAUAUUUGUUUUUAAACAAGUAAAUUUUGACAUCAUAUGUCUCUUCAUUUAGGUUUUAUUAAUACGUACAUGUGGUACGUGAAUCUUUAUAAACACAGUGAACAAGAAACUUUAUGACCUUCAUGUACUAAUUCUUUCUAGAAUAUAUUCUAAGACAUUUUUAGGCAUAAGAUUUCAUACAUAAAGUAUUGUAUCUUCCUGAUUCUCUUGUGAUGGCUGCUAAGUUAUUGCUAACUAGUCAUUUUUAUAAUCUCUCAUCUGAGUUGUGUUGAAUCAAGUGCAAUAAUGUUGGGCAAUAAUAUUACUGGGCAACUUUAUCAUGGAAUUAUAUAUCUAGAACAGAAAUAGAAUAUGUGUACUGAUAUAUACAUACGUUUAAAGUGUAAUGCUACUGUGAUAGGCUGUAAGUUAUAAAAAUGACUUUCCCUCGAAGACAUGCUCAUGGAUAUUGAAACAAAGCAAGACAGUAUGGUUUUAAUUGCUUUCAUGAUGUCAAAUUCUAUUCAUGACUGCAAACCACCUUCAAGGUUGUGAAUAUUUUGUCUGUGAUCAAAAUAUUCAGGGUUAAUCUGCCAUUACAGUAAAACACUUGUCAUAUGAAAUACAUCUUAAAAUACUUCUCUUGGAUAAUUUAAUAUAUUUACUCUUGUGCAUGAACACUGGUUGUUGUUGUUAGUGAUAAAAUUAACACUUUAGAUGUGGCACAAAUUCUAGGCAUAAGAUCGAUUUCUGCAUACAGUAUUAGUGUAGUAGUUUUGGUGACAUUUCUCAUCAUAGUUUUCAAAAAUUAUCUCUAUGAUUUAACAAGAUUUAAUUUUGAAUAAUGCUAUGUUUGAGAACAGCAAUUCAAGUAAAGUAUACUGAGAGCUUUCUAGAAUGUAUACAGUCAUGUACUGUACAGUAUAUGACUACAUAAUUAUGCCCAUAGCAUGACUUUUAACUUUUAAGUAUCAUCUGAAAAUUUCAACGGCUGCUAUACAAUAUGAGACGUGGCUGCUUUUUAUCUGCGUGAACAUUGAGAUUCCUUUACGAGAUUAUCAUGCUGACAAUAAUCUUGUGAUGCACAAAAAUUAUCUGCAAGUACUUAAAGAAAAAUAAUUCAUUGCUUGAAAUGAUCAAGUAGAAAUCUCUACAAUAGUUAGAGAAAUUUACUGCUGUUUAAUAGCACAGAGGAGCAUAGCAUGUGUUGUGUGUUGUCAUCCCAGUACUACAAAUCAUUUAAAGUAAUAAAUACUAGCUGCUUUACCACAACAGUAGAUUUGUGAAAUCAUGAGCCAAUAGAUGUCAUACUGAAAAUAUUAUGUUCGCAUAUAUACUGUACCAAAAGAUACAAGGGCAAAGAACAAAGCUUUGUUUCAUCACAGAAGAUAAAUACAUAAUAUGAUUAAAACUCAGUACUGAACUUUAAUGAAUAUAACAAAGGUAUCAGUUUAGAGACAUUCCAUCUCCCUUAAUGUGCAGAUACUAAUACUCUUCAGUAUUAUUUACACUGACAAAAUGGUGCCUUCAAAUUGUUUGCAAAUUGUACUCAAAUCCUACAAAAGGUGAUUUUAAUGUAUUUUUUCUAUCAUUGAUAAGUUGGCAGUGAUCACAUAGUAGUAACCAGUGUAGUUACACUCAAAGUACUCUGGAAGAUAAAACAAGAAAAGAUGUUGAAGAAAUUUACCACUGAACACAAGAUCAGAUCUAGCAAAGUGUACUCUUGCGCAAUACUGCAGCACCAUCAAGAUGUGCAAGGUAGUACCAGGCUAAGAAACUAGCAGUAAAAACUUGUAAGGCUCCCUGAAUAUCAGUAUUAUUACAACAUAUAAAGCAUUAGCUUUUAGCAACAAACUAAAGGUAAUGAAUUUUUUGUAACAAACUUUUUUCUUGAAUUUGAUGACUUUAUGAAUCUGAAAACUUAGAUGAUUCAAAACAUCAAUAAACCUAACUACUGAAUGGUGUAUUUCUCUAAUGUAUGAUACCCAACCAGAUAUUUAUAGCUGCUUUUGAUUUGUGACUUAAUUUGCACACUAGUGUCAAUGAAAUUUAAUCUUUUUUUUAAUGCUACAGGGGAAUUUGAAAAGUAAACAAAUCUUUCCUUGAUACAAAAGUAACAUUCAUAGAAAGAUCCCCUAAUCACCAUUGCUGCAUCUUUUUGCAGAUGGAAUGGAUGGAAGUUUUGCUCCCUGAACUCAGAAAGGUAUUUGUCCUGCUAACAGAGGACAACAAAAUCUAUCUUGGUGAAGUGAUAAUCUUGGUCAUGAAACAUAACUAACUGAAUAAGACUAAAUUUCCAAAAGAAUCUUAACACUGCCUCUUUAAAUUAGAUUACAUUUAAAACGUGCUCUCUAAAAUUUUAAUAUUCUGACCUAAGAGUCUGUGAUUCAUUAAAAGUUAAAGAUUUAACUUUAUUUUCUAAUUAUAUAUUAUUAUGAAAUUUUCAAAGCUUGUAUUAUAUCUUAACAUUAAAAUUUAGCAGAAUUCUACUGUGUCAAGUAUGACUCGCAUCUACAUGUAAAAAUAAUUUCUUAUUUUAGGAACCACAGUACUAUUCUUAUGUAUAAGUUUGCAUUAUAUAUCAGAUAUCUUUGGGUAUUUUUUCUUAUUUCUAAACUCACAAUUUAUAAUCUACUCCCUUGAUAUCGUAUCCUUGGUUAAAAAUUGUUUAAAUUAUCUUUGAGUUAUCUUGGCUCAUACUGUAAACUUUUAAAUUCACACUCAGACCACUUUUGACAAUUUAUUCACUAUCCUGUGAUCAUUCCUUGUAGACUAAAAUUCAGAGUAAUAGAGUGUACAUUACUAUUUGAUACAUGACUAUUUGAUAAAUCAGUAAACCAACCAGUUUUAAUAAAAUUUAUUUUCCCUA